CCCCAAGCGGAGCGGGAGGCCCGACGGGGGAGCCGAGCGGCGGCGGCGGCGGGGGCGGUAAUGGCGGAGCUGGUGCAGGGGCAGAGCGCUCCGGUGGGGAUGAAGGCCGAGGGCUUCGUGGACGCUCUGCACCGGGUCCGGCAGAUUGCUGCUAAAAUUGAUUCAAUUCCUCACUUGAAUAAUUCCACACCUCUAGUGGACCCCUCAGUGUAUGGCUAUGGAGUACAAAAACGGCCCUUGGAUGAUGGAGUAGGUAACCAGUUAGGGGCCUUGGUACAUCAAAGGGCAGUAAUAACAGAAGAAUUCAAAGUGCCUGAUAAAAUGGUUGGAUUUAUUAUCGGCCGGGGAGGUGAGCAGAUUUCACGGAUUCAAGCAGAAUCUGGUUGCAAAAUUCAGAUUGCCUCGGAGAGUUCUGGGAUUCCAGAGAGGCCCUGUGUACUUACCGGAACCCCAGAAAGUAUUGAACAAGCCAAACGGCUCCUGGGACAGAUUGUGGACCGCUGUCGGAAUGGACCUGGCUUUCAUAAUGACAUAGACGGCAACAGCACGAUCCAGGAGAUUCUCAUCCCUGCGUCUAAAGUGGGGCUGGUCAUCGGCAAGGGAGGGGAGACAAUAAAGCAGUUGCAGGAGCGGACAGGUGUGAAGAUGGUCAUGAUCCAGGACGGCCCAUUGCCCACGGGAGCAGACAAGCCUCUUCGCAUCACCGGAGACCCGUUUAAAGUACAGCAAGCAAGAGAAAUGGUAUUAGAGAUCAUCCGAGAAAAAGACCAAGCUGAUUUUCGAGGUGUACGCGGUGAUUUCAGCUCCCGAAUGGGAGGAGGCAGUAUAGAGGUGUCCGUGCCUAGGUUUGCAGUUGGGAUUGUAAUAGGAAGAAAUGGGGAAAUGAUCAAGAAGAUCCAGAAUGAUGCCGGUGUGAGAAUUCAGUUCAAACCAGAUGAUGGUAUUAGUCCAGAGAGAGCUGCACAGGUCAUGGGACCCCCGGAGCGAUGCCAGCAUGCAGCACAUGUCAUCAACGAGCUUAUUCUUACAGCCCAGGAAAGAGAUGGCUUCGGAGGCCUGGCGGUAGCCAGAGGAAGAGGCCGUGGCCGCGGUGACUGGAGCGUGGGAACCCCUGGUGGCAUCCAGGAGAUAACCUACACAGUGCCGGCAGAUAAGUGCGGCCUCGUCAUAGGCAAAGGGGGUGAGAACAUCAAAAGCAUAAACCAGCAGUCAGGAGCACACGUGGAGCUUCAGCGGAACCCCCCUCCCAACACGGACCCCAACCUGCGGAUAUUCACCAUCAGGGGGGUUCCUCAACAGAUUGAGCUGGCCAGACAUCUCAUAGAUGAGAAAGUUGGCGGUACCAGUCUCGGAGCACCCGGAGCCUUCGGACAGAGCCCCUUCAGCCAGCCACCUGCCGCGCCGCAUCAAAACACCUUUCCUCCAAGGAGCUCAGGGUGCUUCCCAAACAUUGCUGCUAAAGUGAAUGGAAACCCUCACAGCGCCCCUGUGAGUGGUCCUCCGGCCUUUCUGACCCAGGGCUGGGGCAGCACCUACCAGGCGUGGCAGCAGCCCACACAGCAGGUUCCAACACCAUCUUAGAAACGGACUCUCUAUCUCCUGAACUUCCAGAAAGCGCACGAUUAGAGAAUUUGCUCUCUAUGAAAACUGAUUGUAAAAGAGAAGGUUCUCGUUGGAAUUAAACCCCCUCCCACUCUCCGGCCCCCACGUCAGCUUCAGGAGUCAUUCUUGAGUUUUACUGCUGGUAGAGCCCAUCUUGCACAGCCUUCCAAACAAAAACAAAAACAAAACAAAAACCUUACCUUAGGUUCUUUUGACGUGUGAAGGGCCAGCCUGGUGGGGUUUGGAAAGCGCUCUUCAGCACGUCUGCAGGCUCCCCUCCCCUCCCCGGGGCGCCUGGUCAGGUUCACAGCUGGAGAAGCACCCCACGAGUCUGGAGCUCUGGAGCAGCGCUGGGCAGCCUGAGGCAUGUCCCCGCCUCUCUGGGGCUCCAGUUCUGUCAUCUGUGAAAUGAAGGGUUUGGACUUGAUUUCAAAAGUACUUGUGAGCUCUGAAAUUGCAUGGUUGUGUUUGUUCCCUCCCUUCCCCCUUUCUUGUUUUCUUACGGAAUACCUUAAACGUGCAGAGUAUCUUAAAGAACUUCACACGAACACCUACACAGCACCCAGAUUCUACCCUCCCCAUUUCACUGUGCUCACUUAUCCCGCAGCCUGGGCGUGUUUUGUUUCCUCCUGUUCCAUCAGAGGGCACCCCCAGGGCGGGAGGCGACCCAGAGAGGGUUCCCCAGUGCCCAUCGCCCAGGACAGAGGAGCCGGGAGAAGCCCUGGACUGUGGGGAGGCUUUCCGUUGAGGCUGCAGGGGACACGUCCAUCUCCCUGCGGGGGGACGGUUCCCGCAGAGCCCGCCCCGCUGCCGCCUCAGGCCAGGCGGGCGAGGAGUUGGCAAAGGCACGUGGGCUGAGCGGGAGAAAACGCAGCCAGUGCACCAGCCUUCACCUGUGGUGUCGCUGGGUUCAUUCGGGGGAAUUGAGAAUUGGUUUUGGUCAGUGAAAGCUUGUUUAGAAGAAAAAUCCCACUUGCCCACAGCCUCCGUGUCUGAGGGGGCAGUUCCUGCUGCCGCGUUGCCCAGGCCUUGCCUUCUCCUGGCGCCAGUGUCCAGGUCCGAGUCCCGUCCUGCCGCAGUACAGGGAGGAGGGGUCCCCCCACACACACCGACUGUCCUCGUGCCUGCGCCCCUCCUCAGCCUUGAGGAAAUUAACUCUUGGGGAAGGCAUUGUGCCGUGAAAUGUGUUUUUGAGCACGUCCUUCCUGCCUGCUGCAGGCUGUGUUUCUAACAAGAAAGGAUGUUGUGGGGGGGGCCCUCGGCAGAAGGAGGGUCCUGACUUCCCGCUGUGGUCAAGUCUUUUAAACACUACCCGCCCCCCGUGCCCCUGGGCAGGCUGCUGCUCUGCUCCCCCCAGCCCAGCCUUUCUGCCCCCAGUGAUGUGGAGAGGAGGGCGGGGACGACUCCCAACACGUCCUCGCCCUCACCCCGGACAGGCGCGAGGCUGGGGGUCAGGUGUGUACCCCGUCUUCUGUCGUAAUCUUUAGCGCAGUCUCUGGACACUUUCCCUGUGUGUCCCCUGUAGUUCUCGUGCAAAGGCAAAGCAAUCAGUCCUUGAAAAGAAGGGCCAGGGAAAGGGAGUGGUCAGCGCCAUUUGGAUUCUUUGUCGGUUUGCAGGCCAAUCCAGGGAGCCGCAGACAGCACUCUGGCCCCGGGGGCUCUGCUCGUGGCAGCCCAGUCCCCGACUGAAGGGAGUUGAGGCCCUGCCUGCUGGUCGCCCUUGCGGGGCAGCUGUCUGCCAGCCCCAGCCGCGCCGGCCUGAGUGGAGGCCCUCUUGGGGGUCGGCCUGGCUCCUCACCGCCCCCCCCGACCCCGGGCCACAGGGGCAAGGGAGUGAGUGCAGAGAGCAGGGCCUGCAGCCUGCGGGCUGGGGGCCGAGGCCCCGGGAGCCCGAAGGCCUGACUGCUUUUGU